AUGCCCACCGAUAAACAAACCCGCCCAAACACAUCGAAACCACUCACUCCCGCCCUCAGCGCAAAUUUCCGCACGGCUAAAAGCCCAUUGACCCCGAGACUGGUCGGCUCUGCUUCUUCCUCCCCGAAUUUGUCCUCUCGAAGGGACCCUUUCGUCAGGUCCAAAUCACCUCCCAAACCCGAUCAGACCACAACCCCCCUAAAUGGAAAUAUCACUCCUCGGUCUGGGGCGAGGAAGUCACGGGUCGGUACCGAGUCGCCGUUGCCUUCGGUGCAACCGAAAGGAACCAACAAUGGCCAAAGGUCAAGAGCGUCGUCGGGCAAUGAGGCAUCGAAACCCACUGGAGGUGCAAUGCGAGGUCUCGGCAUUACGAGCCCACGGCUUGCUGCAAGUACAGGUGCUCUGCCAAAAGUAAACACGUCAGGCUCCGCGCCUGCUACGACAACCAAUCGAAGGUUGUCCGCGGCAAAGAGCAUGGUAGAGGGCGACAAAGAUAUCUCGUCAAAGUUCUUCCACGCCGACGAGGUCAAGCCCGUCGUCGGGUCCCCGGAGGCGGAAGAGGGCCACCGAUUCCCUCCAAAGCCAGGGCACUUCUUUGUCGGGUCACCCCCGCUACCUAGGGAAAGUGCAGGUGGAAAGGAAAGCCUCGAUGAUAAAUUCUUCAGGGCGAACGAUCUACCGCAGCAUGCACCAGCCAGACGCAACGUCCUUCCACACAUCUCGACAGAGAAGUUGAAUAAUUCGACCAUUACUACAGCCACGCACGGCUUUCGAAAUACUCCGCCUCAAUCGCCAAACAAAUUCCACAGAGGAGCCCUUACAGAACCUACGUCACCCCGAAAAUUACAACCCGGCCAAGCAUCUUCUCCGCCAGGACCUCGAACGAACGCUGAACGCCCGAAGAGCAGCUCGGGCAGUAUCGCAACACCUCAUCCUGCUGCAAAAGGCCAUCGAAAAUCAAUCAGUGCGAGCUCCAUAAGUUCGGCGGCACCCAGGAAGCUGAGCAAUCCCAGAGUACAACCGCCACAACCACUAGAUCUCCACCCUGCUUCCGCAUUGUCACCCCGGAUCCAAGGGAGUAAUCUUCUGUCUCCGGAAACAUUGAGUCCCAGGUCUAUCAGCCUUGCUUCUACCAACACUGUCCCCACCUCCGUCCCAAGCGACACGGAUUUUUCAGAACCGACAAAAGCGCCCAGCGUGUCGGCGCCGGGUACAGACCCAAGAGGAGACCAAGCAGCGGCCAUCUUCCAGUCUCAGUUGGAUGAAGCUGCCAACGCUCGCCGGGAACGCAAAGUUCUCGACUUGGAAAUCUCGAACUCAUCGUUGCUGGCGAUCAAUAAAACCCUAGAGCGUGAACUCCGCAAACAGACCGGAGAGUUAAGGAGGUACCGUCGCCUAUCACGUUCGGGCAGAUUAUCGCUUGCAACAACAACAAGGACGGCCUCUGAGCAGUCUAACUUCACUCUCGGCACGGUCACGGAGUUUGAUGGUGAAGAUCGCCAAUUUUCAGACGACGAUGACAGUGAUCUAGACGACCUCGAGGAUGAAGAUGACUCUAUGCUAUCCACCGAGUCAGGCUCCAUGUUAAGUCCAUCUAUCCAAUCACGCCAGCGCGCAAGAGACGAGAAACGACUGAUGCUAGACCUUUCUCGCCAUCAGCAACUUCUUGUCGAUUUCCAGAAACUCAGCCAAAGCAUAAAACGAUGUCUCACCUGUACCGAAGAGCUAAUUCGAGACGGGAACAAGGCCUUAGAUUAUAGAGUGGGUAUAGGGGAUGUGAAGCUAGGAGGGAGAGUUUUGAACGAUGAUGAACUCGAUGAAAGGGGGCUGGCGAAUGGAGUGGAAGAACAGGAGGCGAGACAAGGUCUGUUAAGCCCCAGCAUUACCAAGGCGAACUUAGACGAGGCUCAACUGUGGGGGGCCGGCCCGGCUCCUACGAUAAUUGCCAGCGAAGUCAUAGGGAUGCCUUCACUGGACGAGUUGUCCGAUAUAUUGGAUUCUGUCAGCAUGCAAUUGGAGGAGACCUAG